AUGACGCAUAGACUUGUACGUAAAGAAGGAGGAAGGUGUAGCCUCUCUCCAACAUGGCGGCGACCAUAGAUACCAGCAAUGCCGUUCAGGCUACAAAGAAAAAGCAUCUCGGGAUCCCCGAAGCUAUUUUUGUGGAGGAUGUGGACUCCUUUAUGAAAAAGCCUGGCAACGAGACGGCAGACUCUGCGCUGAGGAAGCUGGACGAGCAGCACCAGAAAUACAAAUACAUGGAGCUCAACCUGUCCCAGAAGAAACUCAGGUUGAAAAGCCAGAUCCCACAAAUCUCACAGACGCUAGAAAUCCUGCGACACAUGCAGAAGAAAAAGGACACCAAAACUCCCAUGGACACGCACUUCCUGUUGGCCGACAAUGUUUACUGCAAGGCUUCAGUGCCGCCCACCGAUAAAGUGUGCCUAUGGUUAGGGGCUAACGUGAUGUUAGAGUACGACAUCGAUGAAGCCCAGGCUCUGCUGGAGAAGAACCUGUCCACGGCGUCUCGUAACUGCGAGACACUCGAGGACGAUCUGGACUUCCUGCGAGACCAGUUCACCACCACCGAAGUCAACAUGGCACGAGUUUACAACUGGGACGUGAAGAGAAGGAGCAAAGAGAACCUCCUCAAAUCUGCAGAAAAGUCUUAAUACCGACAGCGUCCACAUCCCGUCUGCUAACUAUGUUCUACUCGCAUAAAGACCCAGUCCCCUUCAAGUCAUGUGUGUUCACCCCAGAGCUCGGUGGACAGAGGGCAUAUUUCAAAUAUCAAAGUUGUGUUUGAUUUAACUCAUCGAGAUUAAAUCACUCUUCAUUUGAAAUAUGCCCUCCGUUACGUCAAGCUUCCACCACUGCUGUUUUCAGUUGAUUUGUUACUUUUUAAAGUAUUUUUUUCAAGUAAAAAAUAACAAAAACAAAGGCAAUUUUUUUGUAUUCUUUUGAUUGAUUUAAGUAUGUUACUCCUAUCUUUGGCAGAUGUAUGUAUGAGGGUUUUCUUGCAUCGUCUUCCUGCUCCUGCUUUUUCCCUCCUUACCGACCUGCGCUUAUUGUUGUUGUCCCUUUUCUCACUUGUUUGUACCCGAGUUGAUUAUUGAAACACAUCCAGUUGCCAUUAUACUCGGUAGAUUCAGACUUAUAGGAUGAUGACAAAGUGGUUCAGUUUUCACUCCGCCAUCUCUUCCUCCUCCUCCUCCUCAGCCGCUGUUCUGUCUGUAUUUAUUUGUCUCACUGUAUUCACUAUACGAUGAAUGAAGUAAAAGAAGAACAUUUGGGCAAAGAGAAAA